UACCUCCAUGGCGCUUUGUUCUGCGCUAGUGCGCACGCGCAGCCUCCGAAAGCUGGCCCUCACACAGAGGGACCACAACUCCCAGAGUGCUCCGCGUCCCGGCUUUUGCCUCUACUUCUGCUCCAGGGCGCACGCGCAGCCCGGGGAGCGGUUUCUCGCGCAUAGGGACCACAACUCCCAGGGUGCUCCGCGUCCUUGCCGCUGUCGCCGCCACCGAGACCAAGAUGGCUGCGAGAGUCGGCGCCUUCCUCAGGAAUACCUGGGACAAGGAGCCAGUCCUGGUCGUGUCCUUCGUCAUCGGGGGCCUCGCUGUAAUUCUGCCCCCAUUGAGCCCCUACUUCAAGUACUCCAUCAUGAUCAACAAGGCCACGCCCUACAACUACCCAGUGCCCGUCCGCGAUGAUGGGAACAUGCCUGACAUGCCCAGCCACCCCCAGGACCCUCAGGGCCCCAGCCUGGAGUGGCUGAAGAAACUGUGAGCACCUCCACUGACAGAGGCGGCCCCUCCCACGGCUCCCAAUAAAAAUGUGAAAACCAA